CUACUUCUUCAUCUCAUUCAGCAUGGCGCCAGUGGAGACAGAAUACUAUGAUCUGCUGGGCGUGCAACCCGACGUCGAGGAGACUGAACUCAAAAAAGCAUACCGCAAGGCAGCAAUAAAGUUCCAUCCCGACAAGAAUAAGUCACCAGAUGCUACAGAGAAGUUCAACGAAAUUAGCAAGGCAUACCAGAUCUUGUCAGACCCUAAUUUGCGGACCGUCUACGAUAAGAAUGGCAAGUCGAUGACCGACAAGGAAGGGCCUGGCCUUGAAGACGCUGCUGGCUUCUUUGCGAACGUUUUCGGUGGUGAACGGUUCGAAGACUAUAUUGGCGAGAUCUCUCUAAUGAAGGAGAUGACAAGUGUGGCUUCUACUGUUAUGUCUGAAGAAGACAAGGCAGCAUUGGAGCGUGAUAUUAGGAGUUCCAACCCACAGACUCCGUCACCAUCGCCACUUGAUCACAAACCGGCUUCAACUCAGGGUGCCGUGUCUGAUGAGAAAGCACCUGAAACAGACAAACCUCAAGCUCAAAGCCUGCCUCAUCCACCGGCAGGGAGCGCCCCUCAGGGCCUAAGUGCUUCUCUUCCGACGUCUGCUGCUCCAUCACCCUCCACAUCGCCACCACCGCAAGAUGGCUCCAAACCAUCUGCUUCAGCUGAUGAUUUACGAAAGAAGAAAGGGAAACAGAAGUUGACACCAGAGCAAAAGCAAAAACUUGAAGAGCUGGAAGUUGAGCGUCGUAAAGCGAUGGAAGCACGCGUAAAGAAACUGGCGGAGAAGCUCAUCGAGCGCAUCCGACCGUUCGUUGAUGCUGAACAUCCUGGUGACCCAAACGACGCGGAAACUAUUGCGUUCCAGCAGAAGAUGCAACGUGAGGCGGAUGAUUUGAAGCUUGAGAGUUUCGGCUUAGAGCUCCUGCAUACUAUCGGCAAUGUAUAUCUGACUAAGGCAACGUCCUUUAUGAAAUCUCGCAAGUUCCUCGGAAUUCCUGGUUUCUUUUCUCGCCUGAAAGAGAAGGGUGCCAUGGCGAAAGAUGCCUGGGGGGUAAUUGGCAGCGCUAUUGGUGUACAGCAUAUCAUGGUGGAAAUGGAGAGGUUACAAGCAAAGGGAGAGAUUCCUGAAGAAGAGUUGAAAGCAUUAGAACUCGACAUGACUGGAAGGAUUAUGCUAGCAUCAUGGCGGGGAACACGAUUCGAAGUCAUGCAAGUACUCAGGGAGGUCUGCGAUAAAGUCCUUAAGGAUCACAGUGUUCCCGAGUCCAUUCUAGUGAACCGAGCAAAGGCUUUGCUAUUUAUUGGCCACAUCUUCCGACAUACCGAACCUGAUGAGACUUUCGAAGAGAGGCGAGAGCUAGAACGAAUGGUUGCGGAAGCAGCUGCAGGGAAGUCAAAACAUGCUCAGCUCCAGGCGGAGGCGAAACGUCAGAGGCGAAUGGCGGAGCGUGAAGCACCGAAGGAACGACCAAAGAGUGAAGUGCACUCCGUUAAGUCAGCCAAGUCGGAAACGCAACCGCAACCGCAGGUGGUGCAGCCUCAGCCUCAGUGAAACUCACUCGUAUACCUCUCCAACUUCCGUCCACUCAAACUGCUUUGCCCUCCUUCUCAUUCCCCUUUCUUUCUUUCUUCCUUUCCUUCUUUCUCUCCUCCUCUCCCCACUUCCCACUUUCUUCUUACUGUCCGACGGACGGUUUUAGAUGAUAUACGGGCUGACCGGGCAGACACACAUGCAGAAUGGUGAUAAACCUUAUACUUGAAUAUGAUUCAUGGUAGAUUAGCUGGAAUGGGACUCUGAUAACGUAUAGUAUAAUGUUUAAUCUAUUUUCAUGACUG